AUGCCACUACCUUUCCUGGGAAACAUCCUGCAAGUCCGCACUGACGCCACCUUUCAGUCUUUCAUGAAGCUCAAGGAGAAAUAUGGCCCUGUGUUCACUGUGUACAUGGGACCCAGGCCAGUAGUUGUUUUAUGUGGACAUGAAGCAGUGAAGGAGGCCCUGGUAGACCAAGCAGAUGAUUUCAGUGGCCGUGGAGAAUUGGCUUCCGUAGAGCGAAACUUCCUAGGUCAUGGUGUAGCCCUGGCUAAUGGUGAACGAUGGAGGAUUCUCCGCCGCUUCUCCCUGACCAUUCUCCGGGACUUUGGGAUGGGAAAGCGAAGCAUUGAGGAGCGGAUCCAGGAGGAGGCUGGCUACCUACUGGAGGCAUUACGGAAGACCGACGGUGCCCCCAUCGACCCCACCUUCUUCCUGAGCCGCACUGUCUCCAACGUCAUCAGUUCUGUCGUUUUCGGAAGCCGCUUUGACUAUGAGGACAAGCAGUUCCUGAAACUGCUGAGGCUGAUCAACGAGAGCUUCAUCGAGAUGAGCACACCCUGGGCACAGGUGCCUACCAGCCACUUCUCUGCCCGCCCUACCCCAAAACUCAAUUACAUAAUCACCUGCUUAUAACUGACUUAAUCCUCCCCAUCCUGGGACGCAAGUAUCGAGUCUCAAAGAGUGAAGGGACAUGCCCAAGCCUCAGACCCCGUGCUAGAGUUUGAGCCCAGCUUUGUGGUUCUAGAUUCAGCUCAUGUUAGCCCCAUCAGGGACA